AUAAUUUGUAUUCUAGAUACGCAGUUUAAUCAAAAAUAAAUCAUAUAUUCUCGUGUAUUUGUUGCCUUUUGUCUAUAAAAGUGUUAAUUUAUCUGAACUCAAAUAUAGUCAUAUAUCUACUCAAUCAGAUGUUUGAAGAUAUUGGUUGAAAUGGAAGAGUUAUUACAAGAUAUUUUCAAAGAGGCCACCGGACCCAAAUUGACUGCGUUGAGGAAAUCUUGUCAAGAUGCUUUGGAGGUGCUGUGCCUACAAGAGAGCAGCGCGCGGCGAGCGUCGUACGAGCUGCGGCGCGCGUGCCUGCUGCCCCUGCAGAUCGCGCUCGAAACCAAGCGGCCGCGGCUCGUCGCCUUCGCGCUACAGGGCUUCCACAAAAUCCUUCGCGACGACAGAUUUCACCGAGGACUCGAACCAGAGGACGAUUCGUUAUGGACCCCUUCCCAACUUCUCUGCGCUACUGCUUCUGUCAUGAACCAUUUGCCGGAUACACAGGUGCAAGUGUUCCGACUGUACCUGUCGCUGGCGCUGUCCCCGCGGCGCACGCUCAACGGGCGGCUGUGCGUGUGGGCGUGCGGCCGCUGCGGCGAGGCGGCGGCGGCCGCGCCCGCGCCCGCGCACGCCGCCGCGCGCGCCGCCGCCGCGCAGCUGCUGCGGGCCUACUGCGCGCAGCUCGAUGAGGAAUGCCAAGAGCUGCUAUCAGAAGGCUCUCCUCUCGGCAGGAAUCACAUAGUAGCAGUCGGCUGCUACAGCGAAGUGAUCCCCGUCAUACAAUACUUGUGUGGCAGACUGACCGAAACACAACUGAUCCCCAAACAGAACCCGCUAGCGCUGUUCUUCCUAGACUGCCUGCUGACUCUGAUGUCGAGCCUGUCAGAGCGGGUGAAUGGCAACUCGCACUUCACAACCUUCCUAUGGCAGAAGUUCUGCCCCUCGCUCAUAUCGUUCCUGGGGACGCCAAGAGUUGACAAGAAUAUUAAAUCCAGGGAACAUGACGGUCACUUAGUUGACGACUCUGGUAGAGGCUCCGGUGCUCUUGUUUGCGCUCCCAGCUUCAACAGUAAACAAGCUAAAGCUAUUUAUAGCAUAGCCAACCAGCUAGUUCGUCUGGUAGGCUCCACAGCAAACCUACGACCGGUCCUAGAAGCGUUAUACCACAGGAUGUUGCUCUACCCGCCGGUGUCACACCGAGUAGAGCCACUUCGCAGCACUAGGGAACUACUGCAGAACCCAAAGAGGCUGUGCCAGUUGGUGUUGUUGAAGAAAAACGAUCAGCAAGAACGACAUAGUGAUGAUAUGGCUAUUAUUAGACUAAUCAUGGAUGGCAUAGAAGAAUGUGGGAGAAGCGGAAAUCCAGAAGUGAUCGCCGCAGCGGUUGAGUGUGUCGUGUCUCUGCUAGACGCGUUAGAAAAGCUAUGUUCAGGGUCAAUAGAGUACCUAACCCCAGAACUAGCGUCUCUUAUAUUGGAACACUGGCCGAAGCUGCAGGACGCCGAUUAUACGGGGCCGUUGACGUAUCAGACGUUGGCUAGGUUGCCUAGUCCUUAUCGAGAUGUGGUGGCUGUACUACAAAGUACUGAAGAGAAAGAACAUGAUUCUUCAGAUACAUCAGGCCCAGAAAACGUGUCCUCAGGCAGCGACGGCGAGGCAGAUUCAGAUGCGGACAACGUGUUUCUGCCAUCGCGCGCCAACAACCCCACCUCGCCCGACACCGAGACUGACUCGUCUCAAGAGAAACCCAAGUCCAUACCUAAGACUUUGAAUUUGGGAAGGUGCACCGUGACAGAAUGCAAUGUAGAUUUGGAAAGGCACAACGCGAGGCAAUUUAUAAAGACGCUACAAAACUCUCUUCUGCCAAAGUUGCUAAAUCUAAGGACUUGCAUUGAGGUGGACGAAGCUAUGCAAGAGUUCGCAUCAAAGUGCUGCCAACAUAACGCGGCGCAACCACCAGCUACUUCCUGUAUCAUGAACGCUGAUGGCGUGUACCUCGCCACUUAUGCGGCUUUGUUGCUCACACUGAAACAACGACGCACCAACUACUACGUCGAACCGGGGAAAAUCCCAGUAGCAUUAACAGAAGACGAGUUCGUAGAGGAGGUACAAGGCAGCGGCGUGCUAGUGUACCUAUCGGCUACUUGGCUUCGAGAGCUGUAUCAACAGGUGUUAACUAACGAUCUACUCAAGGAUGUGCCCACAUCUGACCAUCCGCUCAUACAUCUGUUGUCAGACAUGGGCGGCCUCGACCAGAGCCCAGUGAUGUCGGAUUGGCAGAAGUUGAAGGAAGUUUCAAUGCUGUACAACACCGCUGAUGAAACUCCGCAAUACCAGGCUAGCCUGCGAUGGGCUAGAAGAAUAUUGACCUGUAUCUGGGAAUCGAUGGUAACAGUUCUGAGUGUACCUUUAAUGGGGUACAGAGACAAAAAGCAGAAACUGCACGGAAUUAUAUCUAAGAAGAUCAACACAUUUGGGAAGAGGAAGCGCAAGGCUUGGGAGGGACUUACUAUACAAUGCCUUGAAGGCCUACACAAGGCUGCAAGAGUGAGCAACACAUUGAGCCUACAAAAUCGCUGCAGCAGCAUCUUGGCCUUGCUUGCAAAUUCUGCCAUAUCACAGCCACCUAAUGGAAAAAUACUGUCUACACAUGCACUAUCACUUGACAUACUGAUUACAGGGGGUCUGGAGCUCGGUUCCAAAGCUCCUGAAUGCUGGGAGCACAUAUUUGCGGCUUGCCAAUACGUGUCUAGUUUCGAACACUCCUUAUUUGGCCAACAAGGUAACAACGCUACCCCCAUAGUGACCAUGCAGACUGGACGAAACAAAACUGUUUCUAUACUCCAGGCAGAUGCUAAAUUAGGACUCGACGGCCGAGAGGAUGAAACGUGUGUGGAUGUCUUCAACUUCUUGCAACCAGUUCUGGAGAAUAAUCUCGGCAAUGACAUGUCUGUCGCUAAAAUUGUGGAGACUUGCAGACAAGAGAGUGGUAACGUAAUAUCUGGCUCGGGUGCGGCGCGCGUGUGUUGCGCACUGUCUACAGCAACUGAUACAUUGUUCACUCGUCUCGCUGCUACCACCACUCUGCCUACAUUGCGAGCCGCCUUGCAAAGACUUGCUUCCCAUCAGCAUCGACUGCUGUUCUCAUCGUGGGAACAAGACGUAGCCAACAACAACGCGUGGUGGCGGCGCGGGCCCCGCAGCCCGGCGGGCGCGGGCGGCGAGGCGGCGCGCGCGCUGUGCCGCGCGGGGGACGUGGCGCUGCGCUGCCUGCGGGCGGCCCGGCCGCUGGCGCAUCGGAUGGCUAUCUGGACUGUCGUCGGCCCGCAUUUCAUGCAGGCGGCGUGUCACAAGGACAUCCAGAUCUCAAGUUUGGCCAUUCAGUGCCUCCACGACUGCGCCACCGCGUUACUAAACCAGCAAGUCGAGUUGCCGCACUUCCACUUCAACGAAGCUCUGUUGAAACCCUUCGAGAACCUUCUUUGUUUGGAACUGUGCGAUGAUGAUAUACAGGAACAAAUCAUAUCAUGCAUAUGCGAAUUUGUUGAAACCAAUAGAAUGGAAAUCAGGUCCGGGUGGCGACCUCUGUUCAACACUCUCCGAGCAGCCAACAAUGCCAACCAAUACUCAGCCAUUUUGGAAAUAUUUAAAGUAUUCCUCAAUACAGACAACACUCUGGUGUUCGCAAACGCCGCUCUGGAUUGUAUUCUUUGUCUGUUAAGUCACAUCAAAGGCUUACAUUACGAUGAGGUCCAAGCCACUGAAGUGAAACCAAAGAAGGUCACAUCUCCAACUCAGCAAAAGCCAAGCUUAAGCUUGAAAUUCUCAAAGAACAGUAAAUUCAUACCACUCAGUGAAGAAAAAUCGGAAAAAGUCAUCGUCGACAUGUGCAAAGAAGCGUUGUUUCAUCUAGAGAACUGCGCAGAAAUAUUGACAAUGAUGUACAAUAUGCCGAAAUGCCCCAUAUUCAACACAGGUAACAGAAUCAAAGGCGAUAUGCCUCUAGCAGUGGUCGAUCCCAUAAUACCAAGCGCCUCCCUGGAUAUUACCAAAUACAUUGCAAACGAUCAUUACGAGGAAGAACUAAUCUCAUAUCGGAAACUGUCUACAAGUUUACCGCUCUCAAACACUACAAAUAAUUGUCUACUAAAACUUGAUCGGCCAAGCAACAUACUAAAAGUUUGGUACGUACUUAUUGAAGGACUCAUCUCGGCCACUGUAGUGUGCUCAAAGAAAAACCAACCAGCGGCUAUGGAGACGUUAUUCAAGCUUUUAAGGAAUAUUGUAGAUGUGCCAGGAACACAUUUUGGUCUUCAUUGCAUAAAUCAUCUGCUCUUACCAACUGUGCAGAACUGGUUGCGUCAGAUUUCCAAUGUGAAUACACACUGGGACAGUGUUAUGCCUAACUUCAAACAAUGUUGUGGUAUGACAACUGAUACUAUCGUGGUGUACUUACAUCAUUUGCAACAGAUUAACGUAGAAAGAUCAACGCCUGAUGAUAAGAAUGAGGAAAUUGAGCCCAUCGAAAGUAUUGAGGCGACCUUUGCUUUGAAACAAACCAUGUUGAUUUUAGUAGAAUGCAUCGCACAGCCACAAGAACCGAUAGCUAGACUAGGGGCCUCUUGUAUUAGGCACAUAAUUUUGACUUCAGGCCAUUUAUUGACGGAUAACCAAUGGGAAAUAGUAUGCAUGAGUCUCCAUAGAGCUUGCAACGUCAGCUUGAGUCCACUGAAGCAAAUCACUUACGCUUUCAAAGAGAAUUCCAACAGCUUCUAUGGAGACCUGGCAAUGGUCAAAGUUGCUGCUAGACGAGAUUGUUCAGUGAAUGAUAAUGUUAGGCUACACGCUAUGGCACAACAAGUCUUUCUAACUGAACAAUUGAAAACGGAUGGCCAUACUAAAUUGACACCAAAGAAUUCAUCACAAAACUUGAUGCUUAUUGAUGACAGGAGUUAUAUAUUCCUAGUAUACCUCCAGGAGUCGAUUAAUUCUCUAAAUCCUGAGUUGUAUACAGUAAGAGUUCCACAUAGGGGACUAGUAGUUGGGCUUCUUGCUCACCAGAUAUUGGUUCAAAUCAUCGCAACAGUAUUAAUUCAAGCUUCGUCAGAUAUCUUCCAAGGUAUUAACAGUAUUCUGAUUGAAAGUCUGAAAACAGGAUCUAAUGUUUGCAACUACAAGUUCUUCAUAAGCAGUGACAAUGUAGAUCUGUUACUAAAGGGUUUGGAACUAUCGUAUAUGAGGGCCUUACAAUUUGAUUCACGACCAGGCUUGAAGUUUCUUGUACAAAAAGUAUCAAAUCUAGAACAUGCAGCGAGUCUUUACAAACAAACAACUUCAUCUUGGUUGAUUAAAGUAAUAGCUUUAACCGAGAUAUUCUUUGGCGGCGUGCACAGAUUCAAACUAAAACCAAACGACAUAUCGAUGAUACUCAACCACUACACGACUUCACUGAAUUUGACGUUGGAGUACGACCGUUUUGUCAGAAAAAUAUUUGACUUGAAAACCACUUGGGAACUAUUAUGCAGUAGUUAUAUAAAGCACCUGAUACAUGUAUCUGACUUUGAUCAUGAUGACGUCAAAGACCGAAUCUCAUGCAGUUCCGUUGAUACAGACUCGUCAUCUAAUCACUAUGAAGAGUUUUAUGCCCAAGAACCCAAUGAAUCUAAUAAUACAACUGCAGACAAAAAAGAUGUGAAGGAAUCCUCCGAUAGUUCAGUAGAACACAAACCAAAACCAUUUACAUUUGCUGAUUUCAAAGCAAACAGUCAAGCGUCUAUAACUGUGGAUAGUCCGGAAAAAACAACGGUAUCAAUAAAGUCUUAUGACGAAACAGAUGUAACUAAUGGUGCUUCCGAUACUGAAGACACUAUUGGUCCAGAAACUAUACUGGAAAAAGCCAAAGAUCUUACGGAUGAGGCUCAGAAUACUAAAUAUAACGAAUCUCCUGCUAAAGAUAACAGAAUCAGUGUGUCUGAUGCACUCGAUAGUCACAUACACAAUCGCAAGGUUAACAUCACAAUUUGCGAUCCGCCUGCGUACGAAAAGAACAAACACGUUGAACCUCUAAUUCCGCCACAGCCGGUCCCUCCGGAGAUAGAACAGCAGAGAGCGCUGAGCAUCGGCAAGGACAUAGAAGUGCAACGGCACUGCUUCCAAAACAUUCUGAUGGCAUACUUGGAGCUGGUGCUGACGUUCCCGCUGGACAGGUUCCAACUGAUCCACCCGGUACUCCGCACGGGCUUCGUGCAACUCGCCAAAACGGUCAUCGACCCGCAACUCCUCGACAGAAUCAAUAUAUUUUUUGACAAAAAAGACUUGACCGAAUUUAAUUAUAAGUGAUCAAUUAACUUGUGAUAAUAUAAAUUCACAUUACAAUGUAUAUUCCUGUAUUGUUCAGUGUUACGUGCAAAAUAAAAUCAUAUUAUACUGAA